CCGCGUCGGAUGCUGGUAUCCACCAAAAUCAAGAAUCCUUGCCCAAGAACUUCUCCUCAUAAUGGUGGCACGCGCCCGCGCCCGUCAUGUUUCUCCACGCAAAAGAAAAUCCUGCGUCGGGAGGCUUCAGCCGCGUGAACGACAAUGGAUGAAAAUCCGCGACCCUCGAAACGAGCGAGGAAGUCUUGCGAGAGAUGCAGAACGCGGAAACAGAAAUGUCAUGGCUUUCCUGUCUGCGCAAACUGCGCGAAUGCGAAAGAGCAAUGCAUCCAACCUCCUUCCGCAAUUGAGGAGUACAACAGACAGUGGUCCGAACCAAGCUCUCCUCGAACGCAUAUCAUUCCUCGAAGGCCAGCUCUCGGCGUACACCAAUGGCCCUAUACCGGAGAAACGAGAAACCCCGCAAACCGUGUUUGAAAGACAGCCUCUUGUUUCGCCGCUGAAUUCCGAACCCUCACAGCAAACAAGUAGCAUUGCUGAUAUUGUUGGAUUUCUGAGUCUUGGAGGCGAGCCUGCUUAUGUUGGAUCUUCAUCCGGAUUCUCCCUGGCAACACACCUCGGACAGAUGGCAAAUGCGACAGUCUGGAACAAAGCCUUGAUCUCGACCGUCAAUCAGACGCAGCCGAAAGCUAUGAGCAUUGCCGAGUUGAAGAGGAACAGCGCUGGCCCGCCGAACGAUGAUAUGGGUGCCCGGAUCAUAGAUACAUACUUCACCAGAGUCCACCUCAGAUACCCUUUCCUGGACCGGCAGGAUAUACUAGAACGCCAUGCGAAUAGAUUUGUGCAGAACAACUCGAAUCCGAAAGAUCAAUAUGGCACAUUCAAGAUUUAUAUGAUAUAUGCGAUUGGCGCCACGAUGUUGAAGUUGACGGAGCCGUACGAUUAUACCCCGCCAGAGAACUUCUUUAUGACUGCUCUGCAGUACAUUUCUGCUGCCAGGGAGUCCCACUCGGUACAUAACAUCGAGGCCAUGACCCUCUUAGUUCUAUACAACCUUCGUUCCCCGUCAAAUUCUGGAAUCUGGUACAUGAUAGGGCUGGCAAUGCGUACAUGCGUGGAUUUGGGCCUUCACAGGGAAGCACAUUAUGGGAACGUUGCUCCGUAUGAAGGGCAAUUGAGGCGCCGUUUGUUCUGGACGGUGUAUUUCCUCGAGCGGGUCAUUGCCGUCUCCGUAGGACGCCCAUACAGCAUCGCGGAUAGAGACAUCGACGUGACACUUCCGUUGGAGAUUGAUGAUAGUGUCAGAGAUGACAGCCUGAUCGCACGCACCUUAGCGGUUUCGCCCAGUCCUUCAUUCCAAGCAUCCCGUCCGUCUUCGAAUAUCACUCUCGCGGUACAAUGUUUCCGGAUGAAGAAACUGGAGUCACACAUCCAGGGCGAAAUCUACAGAGUUGACCGACCGAUUUCAAGCCUGGUAUCAAAGAUUGGCCCUUGCAUGAAACUUCUCGAGGAUUGGCAUCGUGCCUUACCGCCAUCUACACCCUACGAAUCAGACUAUCUAAAUAUGCAUUACUACAAAGCAGUUCGCUUGCUACUCCAACCAUUUCUGAUGAUCUUGCCACCAGCGGAUCAACGCGUGGCUCUUUGCUUGCAGGCAUCGGGCCAAAUAUGUCAGAUCUUCAAGCGCCUACACCAGCGAGAUUCGUACGGACACUCAUUUAUCGCUCUGCACUCCGUCUUCAUUGCUGGCGUCACUAUGUGCUACUGUCUCUUCAUCUCCCCAACACUCUGGACCAUCACCGUGUCCAACGAUCUUCGCGCUUGCUCCUCAGCGCUCUUCGUCAUGGCCGAGCGCACGCCUGUCGUCAAGAAAUAUCGCGAUGCCCUAGAAAAUGUAAUGAACGCAACAAUGGAGUUCCUCGCUCGUGCGCCAGCAAAACCUAACCAAGACCAGGCGCUGACCUCACCGGUGCUGACACACGGAAGCAUGGCUCGGACACCACAGCAAACUCAUCAUGAGCUAUCUAGUGUGCUCACCGAUUUCUCACCAGGCUUCACGGGAGCGGCGCAGGAGAGUUUUGUUCGUGGAACACCGAAAGCAGGCGCUACUCCAGACAUCGGUGGAGAUGGAUAUAGCUCCUCUUUCAUCGAUGAAGGGAGUGAUGUGUAUGGUUAUAUGCCGCGAGUGCAGGCACAGGCAAGCCCUGGCGCGGAAGGUCGUUGGGAAGGCAGACAGGGUGAGCUGGGGCAGAUGGAUGCGGAGUGGAUGCUGAGUCUUUGUGAGGGUGAGGGGUUCAGUUUGCAGAUGUUGAAUGAGAUGAUGAGGUUUGAGCCAAGUUUGGGGGCUUGA